AUGGUACAGAGCGAGGCCGACGAGGAAUUGACUCAAGAUGCACCCCCAACACGGAAAUUCACCAUUAUCAGCGGCACCCAGUCAGCGCUGCAAGCGCUCAUCCCUGGCCACUUGACAACCUACGGAACGACACCGCCGACAAGCUGGCGAAGGAGGCGGUCAGUACAUGAGGAAGACCACGGAUUCCGACACCUGGCGUCCGCGCUUAAGCGAACCCACCGGGAUAAAAUGCUCGAAGAAUGGCGAAAAGAGUGGUGUUCGGCGGACAAAGGCAAGCAUUUACGGAAAAUUGAUAGCGGACUCCCAUCCAAGCGAGCUCAACGACUAUAUGGCCCACUACCCAGAGGGCGAGCAUACAUCCUCACACAGCUUCGAACCGACCACUCCUAG